UUCAAAAAAGAAAUAAAGCAAUGAAAAGGUACAACAAAAGUGAUAUAUGUCCUAAGAUUUAGAAGAUUAUGGAAAAAGUAAAGGUGAGUGCAGCUGGAUGGAUUCCUAAAUAGAAUGAGGGUUUCCAAUAUGAAGUUGUUGGCCCAUAUGGUGAGCAAUAUAAGGUGAACUUGAAAGAAUGGACUUGUGGAUAUAGGAAAUGGGAUCUGUCAGGCCUUCCUUGUGUCCAUGCUGUGGCUGCUGCAAACUAUAUGGGUGAAGAACCAGAAAAGUAUGUACAUCAUUACUAUAAAGUUGAAACCUACUUGAGGAUUUAUGAGAAUAUGUUGACUCCAAUCAAUGGUAGACAAAUGUGGCCAACAACUCAAUAUGGUAAAGUGCUACCACCUGAUGUGAAAAAAAGAGCUAGGAGGCCAAAACUGAAUAAGAGGACAAACGCAGAUGUCCUAAUUGAUGCAACUGAUUCAACUAAGCUGGGAAGGAGGGGAACUCAGAUGACAUGCAAGAAUUGUGGCAAGUUGGGACAUAACAAGAGGACAUGCAAAGUCAAAGGCCAAUUCACUUACCUGAAAGAUCCUUUUUUGCAGUCCCAGGAUAAAAGAAGCCAAUGUCAGGCCCAAAUUGAAGGGAGCCAAACUCAAAGUCAGGUAAAAGGAAACCUAGUUGGGAGUUAGAUUACAAAAGCAACUCAAGUUAGGAAAAAGAAGAUGGCUGUAAGUUUUGCAAAGGCCCUAUUUGUUAAUUUACAGAUG